GCCGUGCCGUGCCGCACCGUAUCGGGCGGAGCCGGGCCGGGCCAUGGGCACCGGGGCGGCAUCGGGCCGAGCCUAGAACGGCAGCGGCGGGGAUGCAGCGGGGGGGCCGCCUGGGCGGCGAGCGCGGAGCAGAGCUGGGAUGGAGCCGCCACAGGGUCCUCGAACAGCUCAGCCCACCUGCCCCAUCCCUGCUGCUGCUGGACCAGGGCCAGCCGCCUUCCCGUGAUGCCGUCUGAAGGAAGCUGGCGACAGAAGCGUCACUUUUAAGAUGACACGAACGGACCCACCUGACAUCCUGGUGUCUACAGUGUACCAAGACAUAAAGGUGGCCGCCGCAGCCCCCGGGGAUUCCAUUGUGUGCCAGCCCCUGGCGCGAUGUGACGCCCCCAUGUCCUCCUCCCUGCCCCGCGACCCGCAGCCCUUCAACAAACGCCACUGCCGGAGCUUCGACUUCCUCGAGUCUCUGGACGAGCCGCCGGUCGCUCCCCCGCCCAUGGAGCGGCCGUGCCCGCGGCCCGGUUCCCCCGAGCCCACCCCGGGGCCGCCGGGCCGGCGCGCGCCCCCCAGACCGGACCCGUACGUCGGCCGGGCCCCGCCGGCGGCCAGGGAGGCUCCGCGGAACGAGCCGAAGCGCCGGGCCCGCUCCAAGAGCGCGCCGCGGAUGAAGCCCAGCUUCACGCCGGUGCCCAUCCCCGUCUCGGCGUCGCCGCCCCCGGCCCGGCGCGGCCGCGAAGCGCUGCGGGUGGAGCGGGGGCCGCUCCGUGCCGAGCCGUCGCCGCGCCGCGAGAGCCACGUGCCGCUGCGAGCGAUGGCCAACGAGGUGCAUCCCAUCAAACUGCAGCCGCAGCGCAGCAGCGUCAGCCGCAUCUCCCCGCUCUGCGUGGGCAGCAACUGCUUCGAGGAGGGGCCGGGCUCCAAGGUGGGCAACAGCCCCCACGUCAAGUGCCGCGUGGACAUCAAGCCGGACGAGGCGGUGCUGGUGCACGCAGCGCGCAGCCUGCGGGCCGCGCACAACCGACCGGAGCCGCCGCAAUGGCCCCGCGCCCCCGGGGCCGGCCGCAGCCUGGCGGUACCGGGCAGCCGGCAGGUGUCCGUGUCCCGCACGCCCACCCCCAGCGACUCGUACAGCGGGGACCCCCCGCUCCUGCCCUACCCCGGCGAGUACUUCGAGGCGGAUCCACGCGCGCUGUCCUACCAGACGGUGCCGGUUCCGGCCUCGAGGGAGUUCAGGGAGUUCCCCGACAGGGGCUGUAUGACCUUCUCGGCCGCCGGCGCCCCCGCCAAGUAUUUCUACGCGGAGGAGCCGGUGCGGUGCCCCAGCCCCGCCGUGCCGCUGCGGAGCGUGGGCUACGCCAGUUACCCGUACCCCGUGCGCCACGGCCCGCAGCGCUUCUACGUGGAGGACCCGGCCAAGGCAGCCGUGCACACGGUGCCGCCGCGGACGUUGUACGUGGAGGAGACGCGGGGCUUCCCCGUGCAGGACCCGCCCGGCCACGCGUUCUACCGGGAGGAGCCCCGGUUCUACACCCCGCGCAGCACCCCGGUCAAGGCGCUGUACGCGGAGGACGCCCGGACGUACCCGGCACUCGGCUCCUCCGCCAGGGUCUUCUACGCCGAGGACUACGGCAAGUACCGGGAGCGGGAGCUGCUCUCACGAACGUGCCCCCCUCCCCGCAGCACGCAGCCCCUGCACUUCGGUGACUGGUACUGCCCCGAGCGGAGCACGCUGCCCUACCAGAGCCUGCAGGUGUCGCGCUUCGCCCCGCAGCCGUCGGGGCGCGAUGCCAUGCUGUCCUCCUGGCACGCCAGCUACAGCACGAACCCGCCGCGGCUGGGCCGGGACAGCCAGCACUACUCCAAGUCCUGGGACAACAUCCUGGCACCUGCGGCUCGCAGGGAGGACGCCCUGCAGCGCGGGCGCAGCUACGAGAACCUGCUGGUCCAGGAGCAGCAUCGUGCCUUAUCCCCCGACGAGCGCCGGCAGCCGGUGGUCAUCAACCUGUCGAGCUCGCCCAAGCGCUACGCAGCCCUGUCCCUGUCGGAGAGCUCCAUCCUCGAGCGGGUGCACAGCGACAGCGGCCGUGGCGCCCUGGGCCGCUCGUGGUACGUCACACCGGAGAUCACCAUCACCGACAACGACAUCCGCGCCAACGGGAUGGGCCGCAGCGAGCGGCGCUCGGCCAGCUGGGACGUGCUGGACGGAGGCCGGGAACAGACCCCAUACGCUGCGCCCUACGCCCCGCAGCCCGUCCCCAAGGAGAGCGGCUCGGCACGGCAGCGCAGCCUGGAGCAGCUGGACGAGCUCAUCACCGACCUCGUCAUCGACUACAAGCCGGCACCGGGACACCGUGCAGGGGACAGGGGCAGCCUGGCUGAGCAGCUCAAGAAGCUCCUGAGCAGCAGCGCUCCCGGACCGCCCCGGCGGGGGGAGGGAAGGAAGGUGCCCCCCAACGUGCCGGAGAGUUUCCGGCCCACGAAGGAGCAGCCGGGUCCCAGUUCCUUCGGCAGCGCCCCCCGCCCGCAUCCAUCCCCGCCGGCCGGCGGCAGCUUCGAGAAGCCUCUGGAGAACUGCUCCCCCGACCUGAGCGCGGAGGAGGACGACAUGAUGAUGUGCUCCAACGCCAAGUGCCGGCGCACGGAGACCAUGUUCAACGCCUGCCUGUACUUCAAGUCGUGCCACAGCUGCUACACGUAUUACUGCUCCCGGCACUGCCGCCGCGAGGACUGGGACACCCACAAGGAGAGCUGCGUCUACGGCCGCGUGGGCAGCGUGUGCCGCCACGUGCUGCAGUUCUGCCGGGAGAACGCCGAGGUGCACAAGGCCUUCUCGCGCAUCGCCAAGGUCGGGUACCUGUCCCGCGGCCGUGGGGUGCUUUUCCUGGGCUUCCCCAACUCGGGCUCGGCCGAGAACUUCCUGCAGUUCGGGCUGGAGAGUCUCUUGAUGUCCCCCACGUACCUGUCCCUGCGCGAGCUGGAGAGCUACUCCGACAACCUGGGGGAGUACGCCCGGGAGCUGCGGGAGACCGGCAACCAGUACGACCCCGACGAAUGUUUCCUCUUGAAUGUAACCGUGGCCGUGGCCCAAAAAGUGCCGGAGAGGCCGUCUCCAAAGGUGCAGGUGCCGACGGUCAGGAAAUACGCCAAGGUGGCCUUAGCGUCCUCCAGCCCCGAGAAGAAGAUCCCGAAGAAGGAGCGGGAUAUGGAGACGCUGAUCCUGACGCCGCCGCCGGGCACGGCCGACAUCGACAAGGAGGGCGAGGAGGGGCGCAAGGCGAGGGAGGUUUGUUUCAUCAACAUCCAGCGGGAGCUGCGCAUCCGCGGCGUGUUCCUGCGGCACGAGUUCCCGGCCGUGUACGAGCAGCUCUGCGACUUCGUGGAGAGCAACAAGCGCUUCACCCCCACCACCAUUUACCCCAUCGACAAAAGGACGGGCAAGCAGUUCAUGUGCAUGAUCAUGGCCGCCUCCGAGCCCCGCACGCUGGACUGGGUGGCCAGUCCCAACCUCCUGGACGACAUCAUGUGAACGCGGCGCUCGGACCGCGCGGCCCGGCUGGAGAAACGGGACUGCGCGGCGGGACCGGACGGGACGGGACGGGACGGGACGGGAUGGGAUGGAACCGUCUGCUGCCGGGAGG